AUGCAAAAGCGCCUGAAGAAGGAGAAAAAAGCCAAGAGAAAACUGCAAGAAGCCUUAGAAUUUGAAUCCAAGCGCCGGGAGCAAGUGGAGCAGGCACUUAAGCAAGUCACCACUAUUGACGGUGGCCUGCGGAUGUUAAAAGAUCCUGGAAUUCCAGAUAUUGAAAUAGAAAACAAUGGGACUUCUCAUGAUAGUGCUGCUAUAAAAGGAGGUAACUAUUACUGUUUAGCAAUGGCACAACAGUUUUAUUCGGCCUGAAAGGUCCUCACUGGCUUUACAUAAAUGAAGAUGUUUGUGAUUCCAGUUUAUCUCUGAAACUAUUCAACAUGAAGUUAUUGCAAUUGUGUUUAUCAGCAAAGCUUUGUUUACUGAAGGAGUUAUUCAAUCUAUGUUACAUUAAAGAAAGAACCAUGUGUACAGUUUAAAAGCAAUGAUGCAAACUUUGUCUUUACAUUAGAUCGACCAGUUUAAGAAUAUGAGAUGGAUAUUAAUGACUAAAGUAACUUGACCAUAUUUUAUGCGUUUCUAUGCUCAUUUCAGCUUGGCUUUUUGCAUUUUGAGGAAAGAAAAUGCAGUAGUAUGUUAGAGAUUAGAAACAUAUGUAUGGUUUCUCUGUUCUACCAUAUAUUAAUUUAAAAGUACACCUUCUUUGUUUAAAAUGUACUUGCUAAUCUUCAGUAUAAAUAAAAGCAUUUUGACUUU